AUGAGUCUUGCGAAGAUGUGGAUCAAGAGAUGUACGACAAACCAUGAGAAGUGCAGAAUCCUGCCGCCCGCAAGUCCACGAAUUGAACAGCAGUGGUAUCCCACCAGGCUGCUCGAAGUCGGACCUCUGACGGAAGAAAGCCCCUGGUGUCGCUUGAUUCUACCUCAAGACACGCCAAUCCAAGGACCAUACAUGACACUUAGUCACUGCUGGGGCCUGGCUCACUGCAUGAGUCUGACUACCGACAACUACGCUCAACUACUAAAAGGCAUACCUCUCGAAGACCUGCCGCAACUCUACAAAGAUGCCUUGUACGUAGCUGCGCAGAUUGGUAUCCGUUACAUGUGGAUCGACUCUCUAUGUAUUAUCCAGAAAGGGGACGACCUUGCAGAUUGGAGGCAAGAAGCCGGUCUCAUGAACCAGGUCUAUUCCAAGUCCUUUUGCACGGUGUCUGCCGCAUGUGCCCGCGAUUCAACGGAGUCCAUGUUCAACAAUCUGAAUCCAGACCUCAUUCAUCCGCAGAUUGUUCAGCUUCGUGUAGCUGGCAAAGAUGUACCACACCUGGUCUCGGAGCCUAAGUUCUGGAACAUGGAAGUCAACCGUGCGUUGAUCAACACUAGAGCCUGGGUGUUCCAGGAAAGGAUUCUCUCUUCCCGAGUGCUGUACUUCGGCAAAGAUCAGAUUUUUUGGGAAUGCCAGCAGCAAGACGCUGCUGAGAUCUACCCGGACGGGACAUCUGCCUAUGUCGUUACAGGCACACCCAGGUUCCGCGGUGCCUGGCCCGACUACCUAUCCCACAGGUCUGCAGACGAAGACGAGGAGCUUCGGAAGCAUGUGCAGUGGGUCAAUCUGGUCACCGAGUAUUCCAGCAACAACAUAACCUUCGCCAAAGAUAAGCUCAUUGCUCUUUCCGCCAUCGCCAAAACCCACAUGGCCUGGAAUGGAGACCAGUAUCUUGCUGGUCUGUGGAGGAAAUGGCUGGAAUGGGAACUCUCAUGGUCGGUAACGAGGCCCUUGGACGACUUCAACGCGAUGGCUGUCUGUAGGUGCAACCCACUUCCCAAAAAAGCAGAAUACCGCGCGCCAAGCUGGUCUUGGGCUUCGGCCGACAGACCUGUGAACCCUGGGCUGGAGAGCAGUCAAAGCCACGAUUUGUUGAUCGAGGUGGAAGACGUCCACCUGGACUACGUGACUGCCGAUAUCACUGGACUGGUUAGUGGUGGAUGGGUGGAUGUCUGGGGCGUGCUCAAGAAGUUGGAACUCAUACCACACGCGCUCAAAGGUGUAUUGUUUUGGGAGCUGGUCGUCAAUGGGAUCUCCAUCGAGGUGCCAACGUUCGCCGAAACUCAGAUGGAAAUCAGAUUUGACGACACGGAGAGAAAUUUCCAAGAGAUGGAAAACCCCUCGGAGCUCUACUGCCUGCCAGCUGCGGUGGAAAGGGACGGGGGAAUUUACGGUGAACAGACGGACGCCUUGGUGCUGGAACCGCAUGAUGCUGCACGGGGCAUUUUUCGUCGUAUUGGGGUCGCUUAUUCAGAGGUGUGUCCCGAGAAGAUUCUUGUACGCAACGCCAAUGAGGGAACUCUGCCUUGCGUCAGAUACGAGAACGGUCGACAUCUCAUAAGGAUUAUCUAG